ACGUAAAGUCCAUGCACAUUUACCUUCCGUGUUGGAAGUAAUGGAUUAGACAGGUCUGAAGUUUUCCUGAUACAAGAAAUAUUUGCUGAGCAUUGUGUUCCUGUCAUAAACAACAGAAAUGUGUAGCAAGAAGGGAAGUAUGGAUAUCACAAAAAGUUCUCCACCUCCGCCUAAAACGAGUGUGUCACCAACUCCAAGCAAGAAAAAGCAAGAUACAUCUUCAGCUGGUGACCAAACAAGGAUUCCUCCGUCGGAUAAAGGCACUGUACCGCAAUAUGCAUCAGCCAAAGCUGAACAACAACAAAAGGUCGGUGAAAAUCAUCCGCCAAGCCAAUCAAACGCAAACGCCAAGAAGAAUGUACCUCCAUCAAAUGAUGAACAGGAGACAAAAUCGCCAAAACAAGCAAGUGAUGGCAAACCAGCUGGUAUGGCAACAUCUCCUGUGGCAGAAACACAGAAACCAUCCACUCCUGAAAGUGAGAAAGGGCGUGACAGCCAACUCAAGCCGAAAGAUUUAAAAUUAAUUAAAACUAGCACUGGUAUUAUGGAUGCACUCGGCGUGGCAGGUGGUAAAGAUGUUGAAAAUGCCCGAAAGGAGUACCAGACAAUUCUUCUGUAUCAGAAAACGUUGGAAGCUCAAAUGCCAUCUGAGGAAAUACAACAAUGGCAGGAAAACAUCGAUAAGAUGAGAAAAGAAUGUCAGAAUGUCAGACGAGGAGCUUCGAAUGAUCCCUUACAUAAAUAUCUAACAGAAUUACGUAAAAAACAUCCAGAGAAAAGCUCAAAAGGAUUGGAAGAAUACGAAUUAAGAAAAAAGUUGUUUGAAAGUUUUCAUAGUAAACAACCGGAAAAAUACAUGACGCGUGUUGAUGUCCAACCUCAAACAGAGGAGAAGGGUCAAAAAGAGGAUAAGAAAGAGGAGGAAGCAAAACAGGACGUCGUUCCACCCACUAACGGACCGGACCAGACAGAUUCUGACGGGCAAAGGAAAGAUAAUGGUAAUUUCAUGAUUAUGAUACCUGAAGGAUAUGAGAUUAUUCAAGGAAAGGACUUGGAAAAGAUGAAAUACGAACUCACAAAUCAGAGAGAAAGCAUAGAAGAGCUAACAAGCAGACUGAGUGCUAUUGCCAGUAACAAGCUGAAGGAGGGGAACCCUAACAUUGCUGACUUGAGCGACAAAAACCGUCCGACGAAACUCGGCGAACACUUCGCCUCCUUGUAUGACGAUGAGUGGUCAGAGGCUUUGGAAGAACUGAGCAAAGACAAGAAGGAGGGGGAGGAGGAGGAGGAGGAGGACGACGACGAAGAAGAUAUAAAAUCUAUUGAAAAACUAUUGGAUGUGGUCAAGUAUGCGUACAAGUUCUGUGGAGAAAAAGCCGAUGAACAGUUACAGAAAAUUGCCAUGGGUAUGAAGGACGCCGUAUAUCUUGCACCGCCAAUUGUAGAGGAGGUCGUAACGAAAGACUCCAAAUCAAAACCCCUAGCAAAAUCAGAAAAUACUGCAGAUACUAAAAUGGAAUCUAAAAAGGAAGCUUUGGCUGGUUCCGGUACUGCAACAAAUUCGACCCAAGGAGCAGCAAAGGGUCGAGCUGGGGCAGCCAGUCAAUCUGGACAAACACAUGGAGCAGGUGGUGGCCAAACUUCACGAAAACCCGGAGAAGUCAUCGGUCAGCCUGGGAAAAAACCUGGAGGAGCUAAACCUGUCAACAUAUCCGGAUCACCAAGUUCAACACCACCUGGUACUCCGCCUAUCGGAACCAAGGAACAGAAGGAGGCACCGGAAGUAGUCAAGAAAAAGACUGAAAUGUCAGAGACGUGGUCAGUGGCUUUACGAUUUGCACGUACCUUUCGGAAGGAAACAGCAAUGACCGCCGUCAAACAAAUCAAACAACUUUUCAAAGCAUACUAUAUCAACACGGUGAAAAGGGACUCGGCAAAGCAACUUCCGGCCGCUAUGGAGAAAUAUAUUGACCACUGUGUGGAGUUGACAUGGCUGAUGGCUGUACAAGAUCCCCCUAUGGAGAUUAAGUGGGUUAAUCCCGGUGAGAGAAGUGAUACUAACUAUUUCAAGUUCUACCAGUCCAAGGGUAAGACGGUGAAGCAGUGCGUCUGGCCUGCCGUGUUCUUGAGUGCCAAUGGUGGUAUCGUCAGCAAGGGCUAUAUCAUUGGAAUGACUCCUCCCUCUUCGGACAAACAAAAAGCAAAGUCAAUGACCCCUCCCUCUCCGGACAAACAAAAAGCAAAGUAGAAAACUUGUUAUUUUCGUUUGACUUAUUUGUGAUGCUACGAAUUAAAUGCCUCCAAUCAAAUGAUUAAACACAUUCAGCGGAUAAAAUUUGCUGUAAAUGUGAUGUCCAUCAACAUGCAUAAAAUGUUAUAUAUACACACACAAUGGAGUGACGUUUGACGAAAAAUAGUGCAAAUCCAUUCACUUUAAAUGAAAUGGUAUCUGUUUUGUUGACUCAUGCCUUGUUUUUGUUAUAUUUUGUUUUUAAUUUUCAAAUAUGAUUUGAAUAUAAUGGUUUUUUUAGAGCAAAGCUUAGAGGGCUAAAUUAUUAGUACAAAUGUAAAGUGAUAAUUUUGUUUCUGUGUAUUUCAAUAAAUCAAAUUCCUAUCCAACUCUAGUGCAAUGUACAUUGUGAUAAAAUGCGGGGAGAACUCUCAAGUCAUUUUUACUUGUUAACUAACACGUGCACGUGCACCUCAUUUUAAGUCAGAUUCAUAAAACGAAAGCAAAAUACGGGAAAACUAUAGAUGUAUAUGAAGAAACAUGAGAAAGUAGCAUGAUGUUAAGACCUGGUGAUCUGGAAUGGUAAGCGUCUUUUGUUGAUUUAUCGACGACACCCGCCAUGCAAAAUGGUAUUACGUCUGUAGCGGAUGUAGAUGUCAGACAAAAGACAACACCGCUGGUGAAUUCUCAAAUAUUUUGAAGAUGAUUUUAAUUAUAUUUCGUUUGUAUUUAAUGUAAUUUGUCUAAUAAUUGUGAGUUGCUUGCAUGUGAUGCGAGAGUAGAGAUUAUAUAUUUUUCUAUCAAUGUCCUACCACUCCCGAUGAUCUUCUAUGUCUGUUUCUUGUGCUUGUCUCAAUAUGAAUAUACAUGUGUUUAAGGAUGAUAUAAUCACGCGAUACCAAAGAUAUUUCUCGUACUGUUAUUCUAAAAGACGACCUUACACGCGUUUUGGUCAUUGCGACAUUUUCUGUCAUUUCUGCUCACCAGAAAUCGCUUUUCGGAGUGAGGUUUGUUACCAUUCACAGCAAAGACAUAUAAUAUAGUGUUUUAAAAUUUA